CUCUCUUUUUCCCUCUUUCACAAUUCCUUUUUUUUUCCUUGUCUUCUUCACACAUCCUCAGUCAAUACGACUUUGUUUUAAUGUUUCGACGAAUUGCAGUGCGUUACGUACGAAAUGGAGAACUUUUGUUCGCUAAUCGAGCCUCACGAAGAAGCGAUUAUCCAGCGAAAUUACAUCGAUAAAUAUGCCAGCUUUUACGGUUUUUGCAUAGUUUCGUUGUAUGUGGCUCUUUUUGCUUUGAUAAUGGGACCUAUUGUGCAGGACCAAUCACUCCCAACACCUGCCGAUUUUCCGUUCGAUGAGUCUCGUCAACCGCUGAGAGUUAUUACAUAUGUACAUCAAAUUAUCAUAAUCCUGCAAUUAGCCGGGCAUUUCUCGGUCAAUGUUUUCAUGGCACUGCUGCUCUGGCUGGCAUCUGCGAGAUUCAGAUUGUUGACUGAGAAUUUGCGAACAAUAACAAACAUCUACGAUUUCGUUAAGUGCAUCGAGAAACAUCAACAUUUACUCGAAUACACAACGGAAAUUGCUCUAACAGUUCGUCCUUUUGCAUUGGGAACUGUAUUUUUUACUACUUUAUCGUUGAUAACAAUCGGCCUUAUUAUCAUUGCAGGAACAUCGUUAUUAUUGACAAUUCAAUUUGUCUUCUUAGCCUUCAACGGAUUAAUGGAGGUAUUUAUGUAUACGUGGCCAGCCGAACAUUUAAUUCAUACAAGCAGCGGCAUGGCGCAAGCAGCAUUUGAAAUGGACUGGUACGAAGAAUCAAAUCAUUUCAGGAAAAGCGUGCAAAUGGUUAUCUUAAGAAGCCAGAAACCAAUUAUUGUUGCGUUGCCCUGCGGUCUACCUACGCUAUCUUUACAUUAUUACGCAUCGUAUCUGUCAACUAUAUUCUCCUACUUAACUGCAAUGCGAGUAAUGUUCGAUGACUAAAGCGAUCAAGUUUAAACAAGACAGUGUAGUUUCGGCGAGUUUUGAUAAAGAAGAGUUCUCUGCACUGUAUCAUAUAAAUUACUAAAUUAUUAUAUUAACAGCUUAUUUAGAUUAAAUACUAUCUUAAAAUCUCCCCCAAGUGAUCUCGUAAUUUGGUAAGAUAUACUCGCAUAUAGAUUAUGCCACUAACAUCGCGCGACUUUUUAAUGACAGAUUUUGUUAAAUGUUCAAGCUAUUUUAAAGUCACUAUAAUAGCUGUAAUUCGGUAUGAUACAAUAACGUAAAGGCGCAAGCAUAUUCAGGGUGUUCCAUUUUAA